UUCUCUCAUCGUUGCUUCUGAACCCUAUCCUCACUCUCUAUUUUGAUUCUGUCUCGAAGUCUCUCAUUCCCUCUCUCUCUCUCUCUCUCUCUCUCUCUCUCUUUGUGUUUUUUCUCUCUCGAUCAAAACUUUUGAACAGUUCAACGAGUCGAUUGUUAGGCUGUUGCUCUGAUCUGGAGUUUGAUCAACUGUACCUAAUUGACCUUGAACGAUGAGCGAACUUCUUUUUAAUGACAUUUUCAAGGUCGAGAAGGUAGACCCUGAUGGUAAAAAGUAUGACAAGGUUUCUCGGAUUGUGGCACGGAGUGAGAAGUGUGACAUGUACCUGCUUCUAGAUGUAAAUACCGAGAUUUAUCCGAUGGGGGAAAAAGAAAGAUUCUUGAUGGCUUUGUCUCCUUCACUUGUUCUGAAUACUAAGGAUGGCUCGGUGUCAAUUCAAGACAAGUUUGAAUACAUCAUGCAUGGGAGGUUAUAUAACAUUACGAAACCCCAGCUUGAAGAGAAGGAAUGUUCGAAACCUCAGCUUGAAGUGGAGGUAUAUGCAUCGUUUGGUGGGCUUCAGUUGAUGCUGAAAGGGCAUGCUUCCCAUUGUGUUAAGUUUGCAGUCGAUCAGAAGUUGUUUUUACUAGUCAGGAAGGUUGAAAGUUGAUGUUGGUGAUGGGCCUGAAAAGAAAAACAUGCUAGCAUUAAGUUAUAAGUAAUCCGUAUAAAAUAAAUUGAUUUUUCAGAAGAAUGACUUUUGUGUUUUGAAUGUUUAUCUAAAGUUAGUCUUUUUUUGUAUAUUGGAUAAAUAAUUUAGGCAUGUACUUACUGAAAGAUUUUGCAGUUGAAAAUUAUUUUAAUGUCCACUUUUAUUUAUUAAACUGAAA